CUCAGAAGCCCAUCCCCUAGCGUCCGUGCUGGGAAUGUACCGUGUAUGCGCAUGGGCGGAGAAACUGCCGCUGUGCGCUGUUAUUAUUGUAAGAGUAAUUUCUUUUUUUUCUUUUUCUUUUCUUUUUUUCUUUUUCUUUUAAAAAAUGGCGUCCAGUCAGGGAGGCGUGGGAGCUGUCACCGCUCUACAAAGCCAUCACUAUCCCACCGGACCUCACUGGAGCCCGGGCAUCACACCGUUCCAGCAGCAGCACCACACGGCCCGAAGCCUGGACCGGGCUCUGGAGGAUGCCGUGUGCUCGGGGAUACUGAACCUGAGCGGCAGGAAGCUGAGGGAGUACCCGGGGAUGAGCUACGAUCUCACCGAUACAACACAAGCAGAUCUGUCUAAGAAUCGUCUCACAGAAAUCCCCCCAGAAGUGUGUUUGUUUGCCCCCCUGGAGUCACUCAACCUCUACCACAACUGCAUUAAGUGCAUCCCAGAAGCUGUUAUCAAUCUGCAGAUGCUGACUUAUCUGGACAUCAGCCGAAAUCUUCUGACAGUGUUGCCGAAAUACCUUUUCAACCUUCCCCUGAAGGUUUUGCUUGUGAGCAACAACAAGCUUGUGUCCAUCCCUGAAGAGAUUGGCAAGGCCAAAGACUUAAUGGAACUGGACGUGAGCUCAAACGAGAUCCAGGCGCUGCCUGCUCAAGUUGGAAAGCUUCAAGCCUUGAGAGAACUCAACAUCAGGAAGAAUAGUCUUCACAUGCUGCCUGAUGAGUUGGCUGACCUGCCUCUCAUCCGACUUGACUUCUCCUGCAAUAAGAUCACAGAGAUUCCUCCAGCCUACAGGAAGCUGAGGCAACUGCAGCACAUCAUCCUAGACAACAACCCUAUGCAGUCUCCACCGGCACAGAUUUGUCUUAAAGGCAAAGUGCACAUAUUUAAGUACCUGAACAUGCAGGCUUGUAGGAUGGAUAAGAAACCAGACACCCUGGACCUCCCCUCUCUUGGCAAGCGUUGCCUACCGCAACCACUAACAGAUAGCAUGGAAGAUUUUUACCCAAGUAAGAACCACGGUCCUGACUCUGGAAUUGGUAGUGACAAUGGUGACAAGAGGCUGUCUACAACAGAGCCUUCAGACGAUGACACCGUCAGCCUGCACUCUCAAGUUUCAGAGACAGCCCGUGCCGACGCCCUGUCACUCCUCUCCAAAAUGGACUCUUGCAAAGAUCAGGAUCUCUAUGACUUUAUAGAGCCCAACCCGGACGAGGAUCCUGCUCUGUCAGAGUGCAAUGGGCAGCAAAGCAGUCAUGUGUCUUGUAUAAAGGAACUGGAGAAAGUUCUUAACAUGUCUCACCAAAGCAAAGAUAAAGACAGCUGGAAAGAGGAGUCAGGUUCUGAUAAGGAGCAGCUAGCUGAGGAAGAGGACGAUGAGCUGAAGGAAGUGCUUGACCUGAGGAAGAUUGCCGUCCAGCUUCUGCAGCAGGAGCAGCAGAACAGACGACGGUCCUUAAUUUGCAGAGCCGAAAGUCUAAUUCACAGGAGGAGAGUGACCGGCCGGGCACACAGAUUCCUCAGUCACUCUGGAAGCUCCGGCAGCAAACCGAGACUCACACCUCAGACCGCUCGCAGUGCCUCUUUAGAUGAAGGAAGCAGUGGAGCGUCAGUGCUGAGUGGACAGCCCUCUUCCUCCUGCUCCUUUGAUGGCUGUCUGAAGACAGAUCAGUGUGAUUCAGAGCCAAAGUGGCCUGAGAUCCCACCUGUCCUCAAUCAGAAUGAAGACCGCAGGCGGAACAAGUAUCUACGAAAAGAUUAUCUGAAGUACAAAUGUCAGAGUGCUCGCAAAAACUCGAGUGGCAACGCUGACUCUGAGGAGGGUUUGCGCAACACUGAUUUCAGCACUACCCUGACAGUGUUUGGACUUAAGCCAAGAUCAGCCUUCACCAGAGGCAGCCAUCAGGAGAUCAGCUCUACAGACCCGAGCUUCACGAUGAGAAGGAAGAUGGAGCACUUGAGAGAGGAAAUGGAGCAGAUAGGACUGUUACGACAGAACAUUGAGUCCAGGCUCAAGGUGUUGCUUCCGGAUGAUGUUGGAGCAGCUCUAAUGGACGGAGUUGUCCUUUGCCAUUUAGCUAAUCAUAUCUGUCCUCGGUCUGUUGCCAGCAUCCAUGUACCAUCUCCUGCAGUGCCAAAGCUUAGCAUGGCCAAAUGCCGGAGAAACGUGGAAAACUUCUUGGAUGCCUGUAAGAAGCUGGGUGUCCCACAGGACAAGCUGUGUCUGCCACAUCACAUCCUAGAAGAACGUGGCCUAGUGAAAGUGGGUGUGACUGUGCAGGCUCUGCUGGAUCUCCCCACUUCUAAGCCCACGCAGCUCUCGACUGUUUGACACGAGCCUCAGUUUUGCAUCAGACCUGCACUCGUGCAGGAUCACCUCUCUACCAAGCCCAAACCUUCUUCCUCAUUGCCAGGGACCAGAGAUCCCAGUGGGGCGAGGACACAGUGGCCCCAUGGGUCUUUUGGAGUUGACUUUUGCCUGACUGAAACAGGAGACAAGAUGUCUAAAUGCUUCUGUCUCUUCAUAUGAUGUCAGCUACCACUUACCUCUCUUCCAUCACAUUUUCACUCUUAUGCUGUUCCUAUUACUGGGGUCAUCCUGGAUGCGUGUUUUCUAAGGUGCUGAGCUAAAACUUGCAGAAGAGGCACACACGACGGUGAAUCUAAGACAUUAAAGGUUUGUGUGUCCUUCUUUCUAGUCACUGAGUCUGCGAGUGUCAGCACUGACCAAGUGGAAGUGAGGAAAUGACAGACACAUAACUCACUCUUUCACUGGAAAGGACUAGGCUGCCUGUACUGAGGGACCUUAUUGGGUACUUACACUUGAGUUGCUCUUCUUACUUGUUAAAUUUAUUUUCUCAGUGAAUUUUUUCUUGAUUUUUGUUUUCAUGGUUUUACACAGUCUUCAUCAGGCAUGCAAGGAUGAUAUCCUGUUUUGAGCAGCUAAGCCUGAUUCAUCAAUUGUUUUGUUUUUGUAAUGCAUUUAGACAGUGCUUUUUGAAAGCCGGUGUAAUCUAGGAAUGAAUUUAAUGUUGUUAUCAUGCAGACAGAGGACUUUCCGCCUGUUUUUCUGGUGCAGUUUCAACACCUUUCGACCAUAAAUCACAUCUGCAUGCACCAGGGGACUUGACAUUUGACCACUGUGAUAAUACGAACUUGGCUUUUGCCAAAAGCAUGAUAUCUUGUUUUGUACUGUAGCAUUUUUUCACCGUGUUUUUUUUUUUUUUAAACUCUAGGCCAUUCUCGAUUUUACCUUUUCUGAAGCUUUUGAUACUUUGCUUCCAGCUGUUUCCAGUUAAUGCUUGCCAGUUAUGUGAAAUUAGCAGCACAGAUCUGCUGUAUUGUUUAUAUUCUAUGUGAAUAUUGUUUGUGAACGGCUGACUGAUGGGUGCCUGGAUCCGAAAAUGGUUCAGGGUGCCCUUACAAACUUCCCACGCACGGUAUGGUCUUAUUUUCCCACUAAGCCAUCCUGUUUAGUGUGGUUUCUAAUACACUUUAUUUCAGGGAAAUUCUAUUAUUUAUCUAUUUAUUUACUUGUUUUAACUGUGUACAUUUUUGAUUUGUGUGUCUCUGUCCUCACUAUCUGCCCACAUGCAACUGAAGAUGUUAAUCUCAUGUUUUCCAGCAAAUGGAAAAUGACUAAAAGCUUUUAACUUUGGCACUAAUCUGUUCCAUAUGGUGGAUCUGAGAGUUCAGUUCACUGCCACAUGAGAAAACACACGACAAAAACAGACAAAACACAAACCAGAAAUUGAAACCAUAAACUAAUCAAGAGAUCUGAAGAAUAAUUUUCUUUAUUUUUAUAUAAACACAUUUUUUAACUUUAUUUCUCAGACCAUGAUUUGCAGCCAUGGCUAAAAAGAAGUUCAUCAUCUAUCAUUUCUAUGGUUAGCAGGAUCAUACCAGGAUGUAAUUUUAAAAGUAUAGUUCUU